ACUUACCAAACAUAUGCAUAAAAUACCCUAUUCAAGAGUCUCGCAUAACAAAUUGAAGUUUAUACCUUUAAGACUUCCUUGUUCAAUGACAUCGGGAUAUAUACGGGUAUAAAUACAGAUAUCAGGUAUUCAAAGUACUGUUCGAUAAGUUAAAUAGAAGUAGUGCACGCGGACGUUGUAGUUAUAUAUUGAGGGUUUAACUGAUUUUGAAGUUUAUGCUGAUAAGAAAACAGAUGUUAAAAAAAAGAUCGGUGUUUAAAGAAAAUUUUAUAUCACAACGUGGUUAAGUGUUUUAUUGUAGGUAGAUAUAAACCUAAGUAAAAGAGGGAUCGGUAAGUUCGGAAGCUAAUACAAAUUAUGACGUAAUGGGAUUUUAUAUGGAAUGUAGGUAAACUUUCAUUGCAUGGACAAGUUUUUCAACAUUGACGGAGCAGCGAAGUGAUAAAUGCUUUAAAAAGCAUUAAAACAUUUGUUUUUAAUUGAAGACAAUUGAUAUUAAUAUAUAGAAUUGACAAAAUGUCUGACGGAAGUCUUCAACGGAUGUCAGCUAGGAACAAAAAGUUCUGCGAAGGUUGGCUCGAACACAAGGCUCAUAGACCGACUGGCUACAGGUAUGAAAGGUUAUUUGGGCUAUUGGAGGGCAAUGUCAUGUACAUAUUUAGUACUGAUGCACCAUCACAAGAAACACAAAUUGGCAACUUGACUAUUGACAGCAACACUGAAUUCAUCAAAGGAAAGGGACAUCCCUCUAAAGGCUACAAAUUUGAUCUAAAUACGGGUACAAGACUAAAUAGAUUUAAGACAAAGAAAUCGACAGAGCGUGAAUUGUGGCGGGGGUAUGUUAUUGGUAUAUCAAAGGGAGACGUUCCAAAUGAUCUUGAUCUUUUAGAUUCUGAGGUAAAGGAAAUAAAACAGAACGUAGCUGCAUUCCAUGGCUCUGAAGUAGUAGAUUAUGAUCCUAAAAGAUCGUCAAUAGCGUCAGGCGUUUCACAACGCUCGCAAGUGUCAAGAGGUAAAGACUCGGGUGUUGUUUCACUAGGCGGCAUGAGCAGACAGUCAGGAAGUUCUAGCGAUGAUUCAAGGUCAAGGAGAUCCGUCGCUUCAACUGUGUCAGGAACUGUGGACCAUGGUGGACCAACCGUGGUACAUAAAUUUUACAAUGAUCACAAUAGGGACCAAAAACCACCCAGUUGGUUCAUUCCACAUUGCUCAAGAGAAAUGGCGGAAAAAGUUCUGGAGAGAGCAGUCACUGAAAACUAUGGAAACACGUUGAUGCGAGAAAGUACUUCAUACUUGAGUAACGGAAGUUACGUUAUAUCUAAAAUAAAUGUCAACAAGAGAGAUGGAAGAGUUGAGUUUGAACAUUUCGAAGUAAUUCGAACAUCUCAAGGUUACAAGGUUAACGUACAAAAUCACCAUCAACCAAUGAAAUGUCUUCAAGAUGUGAUGGAUUACUUUGUGGGUACAUCUGGAGGUAGCACGCGGCCUCUUGAAGUAAAUGACCCAACAUUUCUAGCACAGGACACUCCUGGAUAUUCAACACAGAUACAUUUUAAAAGACCAGAAUCGUGGAAAUGGCCGCCACAAGAUUCGAGGGAGGAGCCAGUACCAGACGGACGUCAUCACCAAUAUUAUGACAACCAUCCGUCAUCCCCACCCCCGGACGACAACAGAUUCCGAAAUAUUGAAGGGUCUCAAACUGUAUCUGCGGGUAUAUUAAGGAACCAACGCCCUCUACCUUCCCCUGGGGCAAAUGAGAGAAAAUCAGUUGGAUGGUCUUCUGUGAUCAAUACCCCACCACCUAUUCCUGGUCAUUCUAAAACCUUUGCUGGUUCCCGUACUAGACAAGCACCUGUACCAUCUAUGACGGAGCUUACGCAGAGAAGCCAUGAAGCAGAUCAAAUUGAGAAAUUUGACACUAUGUUAAGUGGCUUUGAAAGUGGGUUUGAGCGAAAUUCAGUGUAUGUUAACUCAUCUUCAAGCAAGAAAGGAGUGACGUCACCAGUCUGUCCUAUACCGCCGCCGCCACCUCCUACCGCGCAUCAAGUUCCAGCGCCGCCCCGUUCAUAUGUAAAUGUAAAUCCUGCUUCAGGACAUGUAGAUCCAGCUUUAGAUGCUUUGCCUGUAGCUCCCCCAGCGCCUCGAGAUCCAAUUGUGUCAUCACCAUCUUCUGCCAGCACAAGGAAUUCAAUACCCAAGGCAUCAUCCACGGGCUUAAGUGCUUUAUCACACACAUCAUCUCCUUCCGUUAAUCUUAGAAAUAGUUCUUCCGUUGCCUCAAAUCAUACAAGUGCCACUCAAAACAGACCAACGGUGUCAAAAUCACUUAGUGAAAACCAACUUAGAUCUAUGCGAUCUCCUGAUUCGCCGAAAAAUUUCCCCACGUGGGGAACACCAAAACAGAGUGUAUCUUUACAAAAUCAGACUAAAAGACCGGAAAGUGUAGCCGGUGUUAGUGUUAGUGUAAAAGAAGAACCUGUUGCAGGCAUUGAUGAUUCGACACAAGGUGGCGUUUCUACUCUUAGAAAUAGAUUCGAAUCGUCUUCCUCAAAUUCACCAGCACAGCAUAAAGCGGGCCGGUCUAGAAGCUCUCUUCCACCCAGAUGGUCGGUGUCCAGUCAGCUCUCAGAGACGCUUGGUGAACUGGAUGACCUCUACGAGUACCUGUCAGAAGACGGUGUCGAUGUUACUAAUACAAACAUUCAAGCUACUAACACAAAUAACAGCAGACAUUUACAAAAUUCCCAAUCAAUGAUUAUUAACUCUAACACUAAUAAUCAGUCACUUUUAACAGUUGGUAGAGCACAAUCUUUUACAAACGCGCCCAGUCAGCCAACUUCCGACAGACGACAGAGACUUCCGGUGCAGGAAGACGAUUUAUAUGAUGACACCGUAAUCGAGCAGCAGCAGGAAUCGGCUGAAAGAAAGGUCCAGUUUCAACAAAAGAGACAAAGCUCGGUGCAAACACCAGCACAAUGCGGCAGAAAUGACAUGCGCCGAAAAACAGAGCCUACCUUAUCAAUUUCUAAAACCGAAUUUGAAGAGAAACCAAUAGGAAGACUCAAUCAAAGUUUCAAAAAUAAACUAGAAGGUCUUUUUGGUGGGAGUCCUGCACCAGCUGCACAAAGACCAGUUUCAAAUAAAGGGAUUAGGGAGUUACCGGCAACGCCUAUUAAUAGACAACUGUCAGAGGAUCACGAAUACCAAGAGUUGCCGGAAAUUAUACCCGACGCCGUUACCUACGUUAAUGACAAAUUUAAUGUUGAUUGAGCUACAUAUGACACUUUUGAUUGACUUAACAUAAACUUAGUAAGCAAUUUCAGUUCUGUUGCCAAACGCUUGACUAUAUCAUUCAACAUUUAAGACAAUGUCCAAACAGAGCGUAUCGUAAUGCCUGCUAACUCCGUGUUACAGACUAAAAGUACCUGCUUACUCCGUGUUACGGACAAAAAUGUUUGUGUACUCCGUGUUACGUCAAACUUUGUCAGUAUUCUCCGAGUUACGUUUCUUUGAACUAUAAGAGAAGUUAAAGUUUUAUAUACUUCAAAUUACAGCUGUCUGGUGCGCUAUUAUAAGUUAUAAAUGUAAAUUUACUCAAAGAUAUGCUUUAAUUAGUGCUAGUGAACAUUGAAUAAUGUGCGAUAGGCCAGUAUUAAGGUUUAUUCGACUUUAGAUAGAAAGUGCUUUCAUAUAAAAAAGAUAAUUAUUUGUUGGUUGAUACAUGCAUGAAUAUUUGAAUGUAUUUUGACAGAUCAAUUUAUGAAUAUUAUGGUAAGAAAUCUGAAUCUGUAAAUCCAUCCGUUCACGAUAUUAAUGAAUUUGUACUUUGCUUAAUUGCUGGCGAAAUGUUGGGUGCAUCAAACAUAUAUAAUAUGCUUUAAUUAAAUAAAAUAUGGCCGCUCAUAUACAU